AUGCAGCCCCUCACCCUCCACGCGCACGCCACGGGCCCCAACCCCAUAAAACUCGCCAUCGCCCUCGAAGCCCUUUCGAUCCCCUACAACAUCCAGCAAUGGGACUUCAGUGACGACCCGCAAAAGGGCGUCAAGGGCGAAGCGUUCCUGCGCAUAAACGAGAACGGCCGCGUGCCGGCGCUCGAAGAUCCCAACAUGGGGGUCGUCUCUUGGGAAUCUGGCGCAUGCAUGAAUUAUCUCCGCCGGGUUUAUGAUAAAUCGAACCUGUUGGGUCCGUUGGGUCCCUCAGAGCAGGAUACGGUUGAUUUUGAGAAGUGGGAGUAUUUUCUCUUGACGACGCUGGGGCCGAUGACGGGGCAGACGAAUUGGUUUCGCCACUACAACGCAACCAAAAACGACGACGCCCUACAGCGGUACUCCGAACAGACAGAGCGCUGCUAUCAAGUACUCGAGGGGCAGCUUAAGAAAUCCGGCGGACAGAGUAUCCUGCCGGGACGGGUCACGGCAGUCGACUACCAUUUCGAGCCGUGGGUGCGGCAGUUUGAUUUUGCGGGCCUGUCGCUCGACAAGUAUCCACAUGUCAGUCGGUGGCUGCGCGAGAUGACGGGCCGGAAGGAGGUUCAGCAAGCGUAUAUCAAGGUGAAGGGGGCGGCUCCGGAGUUUUCCUGA